AUGUGCCUUUUCACUUCCUGGAUAAUUAUAACUGACUACGAAAGGGGACAGAAUGGAGAAGAGAUCAUUGUUGUCAGACAACCCUUCAAGUGUAAUUUUCCACACCGAGGCAGGAAAGCUGUUGGAAGAUUAAAAGUCAGUACCAACAAAAUAAGUAAUGACGACGAAACUUAUGCAAUACAAUCUGAAAGGUCACAUAACCUCCGUGAGUAUGAAUAUGAAGCAAGACCUACAGCACAAGGUACAUUACUGCUUGAAGGGCAGAUUAGACAGUCGGGAAAUAAAAGUGCAUACAUGGAAACGGAGGUGACUAGAGCUAAGUUGUUUGUCUCCAGAGACAAAACAGGCUUACUCAAAACCAAAAGCAAUAAACUCACAAGUUUCCUUGCGUGCAAAGACCACAAUUUGACGCAAGCUGCAACAAAGGCGCCUCUUGAAUACUUGAAUAUAUAUGCUGCAAUUUUUCGUGGUCCAAAUUUAUUUUUCACAAUUUUAAUGAUAGCUGAGACCUUUUUAAGGCAAAAAACUGACACUUUACGAAAUUUGGCUGCCAUACAGAAAGGAAGUGCCUUACACACUGUAUCCGGUUGUGUUAAGUCCUCUCGGUUGGAGCGUGGGCGCGGAGAAAAACACUGUCAAAGUACUUGGCUGACUGUUCAUAAAGCACACUCACUCUUCCGUGUUGUGAUGAUCCACAAACUACAACAUUUCAUUAACACAUACCAAAAUUUAUCGCUAAAUGUACUUGCUAAUUUGGUUAAUUUAUCAACUUUUAUAUCUCUAGAAAAAGCCUUUUUGCUUCUUGUAAACUUCAAUGUAAUGCUUACGACUAUAUAUACCUUCACUCUACUAAAUCGUCCUUUAUGUUCAGUCGCCACAUCAUCGAAUAUGCCACUCCAAAAAAGCCCGGUGAUAUGGAACUCGUUUUUACUUGUUUCAGGAACAGAGUUUAAUUUAUUGCUGGAACUGUGGCUACCGGUUUGUGACCGUCCCCCAUGGAACAAGGAGGAGGGUUUUUCUUCUCAAACGAACGAACGUGUAAAUCAUAAAUUUUCUAUCAUAAAAUACUUAUUUUCAAUCAGUAGUAUCUCCGUCUUCCCCAAAUCACCGCUAGUUUCAAAAAAAAUAGCACUUUACUUUUAA